AUGUGUUUUAACGGCCUCCGGGGGGGCGAUGAUGCCACGCGCUCGCAGGAGAUCGACCGCAUCAUCCGCAAGGAUGAAAUACGGAUGGCACAUGAGGUCAAGAUCCUCUUGUUGGGGGCCGGGGAAUCCGGCAAGUCGACCAUACUGAAACAAAUGAGGAUUAUACACUCGCGAGGAUUUCACACGCAGGAGAGACAAUGGUGGAGGCGGAUCAUCUUCCACAACAUUAUCGAGACUUUUGAAAUGAUCAACGAUGCCAUGACUGACUUUACCAUUCAUUUUGACAAUGCCGAUAACGAGAAAUUCAUGGCACAUAUUCUGACAAGGCAGGAGCUGGGGCACAAAGAAAGCUUUCCUCCGGAUUAUUUCGAGUCCAUAACAGCUUUGUGGAAUGACUCUGGCGUCAAAGGAGCAAUUGCGAAAUGUAGCGAAUACGCGAUACAUGACAACUUGGCAUACUUUAUUGACAACUUGGAUCGUCUUUGGAAGGACGAGUAUAUUCCGAAUGAUCUAGACAUUCUUUGCUCAAGAUUAAAGACAACGGGCAUUACAGAGUGCCAUUUCAGCAUUGCACAAAGAACGUAUCGUAUAUUUGACGUGGGCGGCCAGAGAUCAGAACGGAAGAAGUGGAUUCACUGCUUUGAAGAUGUACACUGCCUGCUAUUCCUGGUUGCAAUAAGCGGAUACAACCAGUGUCUUGUCGAGGAUAGAGAGGCUAACCAAAUGAACGAGUCCCUAAUGCUGUGGGAGUCCAUCGUCAACUCGCGGUGGUUUAAGAAUUCCUCUAUAAUCCUGUUUCUCAACAAGAUGGACUUGUUUGUAGAGAAGCUGCCUUCCAGCCCCCUUACCAACUACGGUUUCAUAGAUUACCACGGUCCUCCUGGCGACUACAAGCUAGCCAGCAAGUACUUUCUUAACAAAUUUCUGGCACAUAGCCGAGAUCCCGAAAAGGAGAUUUACGGACACUUUACGACGGCAACGGAUACGAACUUGAUCAAAAUUACUAUGGAAUCGGUGCAGGAUAUGAUUGUGAGGCGAAACUUGAAGCAGCUCAUACUUUGA